GGCAGAGUGUUGCGACUGAUUUGAAGCUUCACAAACAAUCCUCGUCGAGAAUGGCGCGCGUCAAUGGCUUCAGCAACACUUCGCACACUGUGUGAUCACCAUCCCAAAUGACCCACAAUUCAAAAUUUCUUCGCAGCGACUGGGUUGUCUGUUUUCAGACCAUGAGCGGAAUUCGAAAGCUGUAUUCACCGUUGGAGCUAUGGAACAGUUGUACACGCUGUUCCACAGGGCAGGAAAAGGGUGUGUUGUGGCAAUAGAGUUGAUCGAGAUGGAGGCGUUGAAGCACAUCCAAGAGGCUGUGGGAGUGGUGACGAGGUUUGAUGGAAGAGGAGUGUGUGAUGCUGGCGACGUGUUGGCCCAGUGCAAGAAUUGGGGUAUUACUGCGGAGCUGAAGCCCCAUCAAGCUGAGGGGGUGUCAUGGCUCAUUGGCCGUUACGUGCUUGGCGUCAAUGUCAUUCUGGGUGAUGAGAUGGGAUUAGGGAAGACGCUGCAGUCCAUUGUGUUGCUUGCGUACUUGAAAUUCGCACGCUCUUGCAAAGGCCCAUUUUUGGUGAUAUGCCCAUUGAGCGUAACAGAAGGAUGGGCUCUGGAGAUGGCAAGAUUUGCGCCAAAGUUGAGGGUAUUGCGGUAUGUUGGAAACAAAGGAGAGAGAGAAGAGUUACGCAGAAGUAUCAGCGAGCACGUUAAUAAGCAGGCCCCGUCUGCUCGGACAAAUCCAGAUUUGCCGUUUGAUGUACUUCUAUCGACUUAUGAGCUUGCGAUGGCUGAUGUAUCAUUCUUAAGCCGUAUACGCUGGAGUUAUGCUAUUAUUGAUGAAGCUCAACGCCUUAAAAAUGCUGACAGUGUGCUUUUCAAAACCCUUGACGAGCAGUAUAUGUUACCCCGACGCUUGCUGCUCACCGGAACCCCAGUGCAAAACAACCUUUCAGAACUUUGGGCAUUGCUACACUUUUGCAUGCCUUUAAUCUUUACCAAUGUAGAAGAGUUUCUUGAUGCUUUCGGGCCAGCUGCCGCUGCUACACAUAAAGAUGGAGACAAAAUUGUUGAUAAGGAAGACUCAAUUCUGACAAUUCUACGGGAAACUGUCAAAGUUUUUAUGCUGAGACGUACAAAAGCUGCUCUUGUUCACUCAAAGGCUCUUGUUCUUCCCCCUCUUACUGAAGUUACCAUAUUUUCUCCUAUGGCUAAUAUUCAGAAGCAAGUGUACGUCUCAGUAUUGAAGAAGGAAUCUCCAAAGAUUAUCGGUGACAGUCCUGGAACAGCAACGUCACUGCAGAAUAUUGUUAUCCAGUUAAGAAAAGCUUGCAGCCAUCCCUAUCUCUUUGAUGGGAUCGAACCAGAACCAUUUCAAGAGGGUGAGCACAUUGUUGAGGCUAGUGGAAAGCUGAAGAUGCUCGAUGUGAUCCUGAAAAAGCUGCAUGCUAGUGGUCAUCGUGUUCUUAUUUUUGCUCAAAUGACCCGCACGCUGGACAUACUUCAGGACUACCUGGAGUAUCGGAGCUAUUCGUAUGAACGCCUUGAUGGUUCAGUUCGUGCAGAGGAGCGGUUUAACGCUGUUCACAGCUUUAGCGCAGGUCACUCGAAAUGUGGUGGUGAUGCCAAGUCUGGCAGCGCAUUUGUGUUUCUGCUCACUACCCGUGCAGGAGGUGUUGGCUUGAACCUCAUCGGUGCAGACACUGUUAUCUUUUACGAGCAAGACUGGAACCCUCAAGCUGACAAGCAGGCGUUGCAACGAGCACAUAGAAUAGGGCAGAUAUCACCUGUAUUGGCUAUUAAUCUUAUUACACGUCACACAAUUGACGAGGUGAUAAUGAGGAGGGCAAAAAAGAAACUAGAGCUCACUUGCAAUGUGAUUGGGCGGGACGAUGCGGAUUUGGAAACUCAUGGUCCUGCAAGUGCCGUCUCGACAGACUUGAGAUCCAUGAUAAUGUUUGGGAUUAAUACGCUUCACUCGUCCGAUGCUACCCAAGAUACUGAGGUUGGUCGUAGCUCAGAGCUGGAAAGAAUUGUGGAAGCUGCGUUGAACCAGCGUGGCAAAGCAGGCCCUGGCUUGUCAAAUGCCACUGAAUUCGGCAAUGUCGAACUCGUUACAUUAGAUGCCCAAGACGAUGGCGCUGAAAACUUUUACAAUUAUGAAGGCAAGGACUUUGCGAAGCCGGCUGAUAAAGCACUGCUGGAAUCUUGGGCUGUGCAUGCGAAUGCAAGUAAUGGAGAUGAACCUAGCACUCGGCGAACACGCAAAGUAAAAGCUUCUUAUUUGAGUGACGAUGCAGACAAGGACAACUCCAGGGCUCAGAAGAGGCAGAAAGCAGAAGAUAAGAAACACGCAAAAUGGAAAUCACUUGGAUAUCAUACAUUAGCCAUUGACGAUCCUGGUGCAGGACUUCAGCCAGCUCUUUCAAGUGACAACGUGGGCAGCGAUGUUCAUUUUGUGAUUGGCGAUUGCACAGUUCCUGUGACAACGCGCCCAGACGAACCCUGCAUCAUAUUAUCAUUCGUCGAUGACUCUGGAGUGUGGGGUAGUGGAGGAAUGUUUAAUGCUGUUGCAAAGCUUUCCUUCAAGAUUCCAGAAGCUUAUGAAGCAGCUCAUGAAGCUGAGGAUUUGCACCUUGGUGAUUUUCAUCUAGUUCCUUUACCUGGAGAUAGGAGAUUUGUUGGAGUAGCAGUAAUUCAAACUUACAGCCGCAGAAGGAAGGUCCCUCGCAGUGACAUCUCCAUCUCAGCCUUCGAAACGUGCCUUCGCAAAGUUGUUACCGCCGCCAAGGCGCGCUCUGCGUCUGUGCACGUGCCAAGAAUUGGGUCGCGGGGGCAAGGGAAGAACGAGUGGUAUGCGGUGGAGCGGCUGCUGCGAAAGUAUGCGACGGGCUACGACGUGCCGUUCUAUGUGUACUACUACAGAAGACCUUGAGGGACAUUGAAGAUCAUGUAACACCAUGAGAGAAGAAGUAGGUGUGUUAGUGUUAGUGUUGGUGAUUGGUGCAACAAAGGGCAGCGUUGUACGUUGCAGAAAAGAGUAAAACAUCAGGUCGUAGUGCUGCUGCUGCUGUUUCUGUCACAUUUGGGAGACAAAUUCAAGCGUCUUGGUGUGUUGAUUGUACAGCUGAUUGCCAUUUAGCGUCGACUUUUUGCAAAUUUUGUUCGACAGGAGUUGAAAUGAUGAAUGAUGUUUUUCGGAGGCA